AUGCUGGAUGAGCUAGAUAACGUGUUUGACGAUCAUCCGUCGCUGGAUGCCUCCUUGGAGGACUUUGAGAACCACAGUAACGCCCAUCGCUCCCCCGUGUUCGGUCUUCCAUCGCAGCAUUCCGGGUUUCGAUCAGAGGAGUCGGAGGGCGAGGAAGAAGAGGCCACGCCCAACGGUGAGCGCUGGUCGCCUCCGGGAUUUCGCAGGCAUGACUAUGUGCAAGGGAGUGGAUGGUAUCGCCAUCAACCCUAUCUGCGCAAAGGCGAGGACGAUCAAUUACUGCUGAAGCCGACCGUGGGAGUCAGCCCGUCGCAGUCGCGCGAACCGAGCCCGCAGUACGAGGAUGCGAUCGAAACCCUCGCGGCGAAGAAGCGCAGCGAAUCGGCCGAUACAGGCGUUGCGACCAUCGCUGCCAAUGUACCGCUCCCCGUUGAUACGGAUACGCCGUUGAAGGGACGGUCUCCCAGUCCAGGCCCGGGGACGGCGCCCAGAACCGGCCCUGAGAAUGAUGGAUUGGACUUUGGGUUGGAGAAUCACCUAAGCAAUUAUAUACGGUUUGCUGUGCGCGCAGAAGUCCAGCAUCGCGAACCUUUUGUCGCGUUCUUUGGUUACUUGCGAUCCAAGUUCGACAAGAUCACUAGCUCCAAAUCUAACACCACUUUAUCCAUCCUGAUUGCCCUUCUCUCCAUUACCUUCAUGCGCGCAUUGUUCCUCCCUAACCUCCCCCAGUCGAUCCCGGAUCUGGUGAAGCUGUCUAGCUUUGCGCGAUCCUUUGAGCCCCUCAUCUACUACUCAGAAAAUGGCGUGCAGCAGAUCGGGACAUUGCAGGAGACCGGCGUCGCCGUGUGGGAUUUGAGUGAAUCCGUACGCGGGACCAAUAUGACCAGCGCGCCCAUCAUCGUGCGCCAGCUGGAUGAGCUCUCAGAAUCCCUAAAGACCUUGUCGCUUGAGCUAACACGAUUCUUUGCCAAUGUCGACUCUGACGUGGAUUCAAUCCUCAUUGUCAUGGACUGGGCGAAACGAGAGCUGGAAACCUUAUCAUCGCAACCGCCUAGCUCGUUGCCAUCCAUUGUUCUUGACAAUGUACACGACCUCCUGUCGCAAUUGGGCACACUCGAGCGUGUGUCGGGCCCUAGUGGCGAGGUGGCCGACGGCGAACUCACCACCGCUCCAACCACGUUCGGUCUCGUGGUGACGGCCAUUUUUGGUCAGACUUCGGCGCAGCGGACGCGAGCGACGCUUACCCGGACCUUCACCGAGUUUCUCUCUGUGCUUGAAGAGUCCAUCAACAGCGAACUGACUCAUUCCACUGCGCUCUUUGCGCUCUUUGAAUCCAUCGACCGCCAGUUUUUGAAUCUGCAGCGCACCGUCGUCCGUGAGUCUGAUGCACAAGAACGCGCCGAGGGCGAAAUGCUGAGCUCCCUAUGGACCCGAGUCCUCGGGCCGGAUGCCGCCGUGGUGCGCAAGUAUGAGAAGAACAAACGUCUGCUGGCCAAUGUCCGCAGCCGGACCGUUGCCAACAAGCAUCUCCUGAUGGACCAUCGCGGCCGCCUCCUGACCCUCAAAGUCAACCUCGAAACUCUCCGGCGCAAACUCGUCAGCCCGCUUGUACGGCGAAACGACUCGGUAAGCUUCAUUGGUGCGGCUGAAGCGGGCAGCAGCCGCAGUAACGGGCGGAUGCUGGGGCCCGUGGAAGCCGUCAUCGAAGGUCAGAUUCGCGGGCUGGAAGGCACAUACGACUACCUCCGCUCUGUUCGGGAGAAACAGAAAGCCAAACUUAUGGAGAUGGUGUACGGAUCCGGGCGGAAACUCCCAUCACAAUCCAUGCUCGCAGAUGGCUCGGACGAUCCAGGAUCAGAUACCAUCGACGGACUCUGA